AUGUGCAAGUAUAAGGGUCGUCCUCAGGCUGUACGGACGGUCCAUUCAAUAACGUCUCAACCUCACAACUUGAACACUCACGUUAUGAGCUCCACCAUCGAUGAAACGAUGUCUAAUGAUACUUCUAGUAGCUCAGCCUCUCAAGUCCUGAAAAACUUUCCGCUUCCCACUCAUCCCAUUCUGAAUUCAGCGUUCAGAAUCCUGUGCGUUGUUGCAGUCUCUCGAACGUCCCUCGAACACUGGAGGCACACAAAUAACGAAGAAUGGAAGGAGCAUGUCUCAGUGAUGGUCAAUCGUUUCCAGAACUCAAACGUCACCGCUGGGCUGGUACUCGCAACUACUGCUUUGAUCCUGACGACGAGUUCUCCUGUAACUAGCUUGAUGGUUUUUGACACUGCAGCCUCCUACGUCUUCGCCAUGAUUGCAUUCAGUGCUGCAUUGCUCAGUGUAAUAUCGGGAGCUGCGGUCGUGGUCAUCUAUGAAACUAGCACUGUUCAUAAAGACAUAGAACACCUCAGAGACAUGUCACGAUGCCAAAUUAUCUGCCUGUUGUUGUGGUUGGCAUACCCCUCAAUUUGUCUGGCAGUCGCCGCGUGCUGUUUGUUUGUGUCUCUCUUUAUCGCUUGCUUCUGCUCUGGAAAUGUCCCUGUCCAAGUCAUAACAGCCACAGGUUGUUCGGCCUUCGUUAUCAAUGGAAUGCUUACGCUCCACGUUUUCAGUUUUGUGCGCGAGCCGUAA